UUUUACUCUCUGGGUUACUUGACAGUGGUGGUAGGAAUGGCGGCUAUGAUUACUAGAGGAAGGAGCCCAAAGACCCUGAAACUUUACUUCUAACGGCCCCGUAGAGGAAUUUGUUUCCAACCAAACACAGAUACGCCAUCCAGUAACGGAUUAAAGGGGGAAUACGUGUUACAACGCGAGAUUAACACGGUAGAUGUCCAGGCUGAGGUGGUGGACGCACUUUGCGACUUGCUAGUUAGCUUAACGUUAGUGCCUCUGACUUUGAUUCAAGGUAGCAGUUAGCACGCUGCACUAUUAGCCAGCUGUUGGUCACUUGGCUUGGCUGGCCCAACAAGUUAACUAAGUGAGCAACUGUAUGAAAGCGUUCCUUAAUUUAAUUAUUUUAGUGGUAAUCUGGUCUCUUUGUCAACAGAUAGUAUUAAGGACUUUUACAGAGAGUGGGAUCGGAUUACAACAAGUCGACAUAUCGUGUUGUGAACAUUAUUACUGCUAAGCUCAACGUUAGCUAGUGCACUAACGCUAGCUAAGUUGGGAUCCUCAAGUCUCGCCCAUUUUUGGAUCCUGCCCCAGCCAUUGGCUAAGGGCUAAUCAACAGCCAACUAGUCUGGUUUUUAGGUCCGAUUGGUACUACGAUGGAAAGUCUAACGUUGAGCGAUGUUGAACAGAAAUAUUACUCGGAGUUGUUUAUUUACUGCGACACGGACAACACUAAAAAAGUCGCUUCCAAUGGGAGAGUUCUUGACCUUUUCCGGGCGGCCCAGCUACCCAGCGAAGUUGUCCUGCAGAUCACAGAGCUGUGCGGAGCCACUAGGCUGGGUUACUUCGGGCGCAGCCAGUUCUACAUUGCUCUUAAGCUUAUUGCCAUUGCCCAGUCCGGGCUCCCCCUGAGGGUGGAAAGCCUCAACUCGGUCAAGGAUCUGCCGCUGCCCAGGUUCGCGGUUGGAAAAAAUGAGGCAGAAGUGAGACACACAGCGCUGUACCAGGACACAGACAGCCAGGGGAUGUACCCAGCCUCUGGUACUGCAGUAAUACCCAGACCGCCAGGCAGGGGUUACCAGAACAAGAAAGGCCCUCCAUCAUCCACUUCACUUCCUGUCCACGAGGUUGUCCAACCCCUGGCACCCACCAUAGAGUCACAGCCCGAACCAACAUCCCCGGUGGUCUCCCCUCACCAGUCCCCCCCCACCUCCCCCCACCCCUGGAGGAAACACAAGCGGCAGCACAGUGGAGGAAACGCUGACAGACAGCAGGUGGUGGCUGCAACCGGAGCCGUGUGGACGCAGUUCAGAGAACCACAAACGGGUCCAGUGUCAGGUGAUGGCAUGUGGUCAUCCCACUCGCCACCUCUGCCAAGUCAAGAAAGUUGGGUCAGUUUCACGGCUGACACCCCGCCAUCCAUCACGCUCCCUGCAGCGCAUCCCUCGUCAGUCCAGGAAAGCACAACGAUACGAACAGUGGCCUCAGCAGCAACAACCAAUGAGAUUCAGCGACAGUCCAGCGGCUACGAUGAUCCGUGGAAGAUCACGGAUGAGCAGAGACAGUACUACAUUAACCAGUUCAAAACCAUCCAGCCAGACCUCACUGGCUUCAUACCAGGUUCAGCGGCAAAAGAAUUCUUCACCAAAUCAAAACUACCCAUUUUAGAGCUGUCACACAUUUGGGAGCUGUCAGACUUUGAUAAAGAUGGAGCGCUGACCCUGGAUGAGUUCUGUGCUGCCUUCCACCUGGUUGUGGCCAGGAAGAACGGCUACGACCUCCCUGAGAAGCUGCCUGAGAGCCUGAUGCCAAAGCUGAUUGACCUGGAUGACUCAGCAGAAGUUCCAGAGCCGACUGCUGAUGUUGGAUACUCUGGCUCCCCGGUGGAGGUCACCCCCAACAAAUCUCCCUCCAUGCCUUCGCUCAACCAGGCCUGGCCAGAGAUGAACCAAAGCAAUGAGCAGUGGGAGACGUUUAGCGAGCGCUCCUCCAGCUCACAAACUCUGACCCAAUUUGACUCUAACAUUGCACCAGCUGACCCUGACACGGCUAUCGUCCACCCAGUUGCCAUCCGGAUGACGCCCAGUAAGAUCCACAUGCAGGAGAUGGAACUGAAGAGGACUAGCAGCGACCACAACCCCACCAGCCCUCUGCUUGCCAAACCUCCAGAGCUGUCAGAAGAAGCCAAACUACCCGCUUCCAUGAAGUUUGUAGCCGCCAACACUGUAGGUGACGGUUACAGCAGUUCAGAUUCCUUCACAUCAGACCAGGAGCCAAUCACAAGACAAAGGUCUCAGUCAGGCACGUCCCCAGAGGCUCUGAAGGUGGUAGCCCCCCCUCCUCCUCCCCCUCGUCCUCACCCCUCUCACUCUCGCUCCUCAUCUCUGGACAUGAAUCGUACCUUCACUGCCGCAUCCGCCACAGGACAACCUCAACCCUCAACGACGGCUUACCCGCCCGCUGUGCCUCCUCGACCUCUGCCUACACAGACGUCAGCAUCACACACUGGGCAUCGUGUAGAGGCGGAGGCUGUGCCAGGAAGUGUGGCAGUGCUCACCACCACCUCCCCCCAACAGAUUCCUCAGCAGCCUAAUUUUGCAGACUUCAGUCAGUUUCAGGCCUUUGCUGCUUCGGAGCAGCCAUCCAGCCUGCCGGAGGUCGAUAAACACUGUGAGGCAGGACAGGUGGAUAAGACAUCAGAAGGAGCUGGCCCUUUGAGAACAGUGAAGAGUGAUGGCCAGGCAGAUGAGAGACCCUCCACCACUGUCAACUCUGCCAAAGGUUCGUCUGGUCCACUAGCUCCUCCACCUAAACCUGUACGUCGGAGAUUGAAAUCUGAAGAUGAGCUACGGCCGGAGGACGAGCAGCACGGUCCUCAGAAAUCAAACGUCAUAGCUGCUGUCCUGGCCACGCAGCCCUCCAUCCCCAGGUCAUUAGGAAAGGACAAAAAGGCGAUUCAAGCUUCAAUCAGAAGAAACAAGGAGACAAACACAGUGCUGGCACGACUUAACAGCGAACUGCAGCAGCAGCUGAAGGACCUGCUUGAAGAGAGGAUAUCUCUGGAAGUGCAGCUGGAGCAGCUCAGACCUUUCUCUCAUCUUUAACCAACACGAGGAGGAAAACUCUGCUGUUCAUCCAAAGCAAGGCGGCGUGAUUCCCCCCGCCAUCCCUCCCUCCCUCUCUGCGUCCAUCCAUCAUCCUGGCUUUCCCUGGAGGCUCCGAGCAGCCGCGGGGCGCUCUGUUAAAGCUCUCACGCUCAAUCACACACUUGUCAAUCAAAAAGCGGAAGGACAUGAGAGCACAGUCUCACCAAGAUGAGGAGGUGACAAGAGCGUGGGGGGGGAUUUUACAAACAGGCACUUUUCAGUUUUCUCUAAAGAGAGGCAAAGGCGAGCGCGACAGCGGACAGAGAAAUGGUUAGGAGUGGCGGGCGAGACACUCCAACUGCAGUGUCUGGUUACUUUACUCCCCAGCUGACUGAAGAAAGACAGAAGUGUGUGUGUUUAUGUGGGCUCCUGUUUAGUGGCUUAUUAGCUAGCACCAAUAUGUUCAUUCUGUCUUGGAGUAUAGACUAUGCUGCACCAAAGGUGAUUUAAAAAAUGAUCAAUUUAAAGAAACUGUUUUCUUUCUAAGAGUUAGAUGGGGCGAUGUAAAUCACACACCCAGUUGGUAAGUACGGACAUCGGCAUAUAGCCUAGCUUAGCAUAAACACUGGAAGCAGUAUGUUUUCAGAACUGGACAACAGUUAUGCCUUCAUAUCACACAAAUAACCUUCAGAAUAGAUCACAGAAGCAGGCUGAAGCACAGUUUAGGGGCUUUGAAACAAUAGAAAGCUGAUGGCAUGAAUCUACAUCUGCCAGUAAGUAAGGAAUGUAAAAUUGACAUUUUUUUUGACUGGAGUUUGGUGUGGUCGGGCUCAGUGUGCAACAUAUUGGGCUAGUGACGUACAGGACUCUUGUCUGUAUUGUUUGUGUGAUGCCGUUAAUCGCUAACUCAACCUGUGACAUGAAUUCAGCCCACCUCCCACCUUGUGCUGCCGCUUGGAGUGUGUCUGUGUGCGUGUGUGUGUGUGUGUGAGACAUGAUGAAUGAAUUCUUUGUCUUUUUGCUUCAUGUUACAGUGAUUGGAGGCUUGAUGUGACUGAAUAGUUUAAUUUUAUUGCUAAAUGACUGAACUAUCACUCUGUUCUCUCACAUCUACUUGGGCUGUGUUUUGAAGAUGCAACCUUUUUUUUUUGCCUCCCUUCAGGUUUUGCUUUGUUUCAUUUCAAAUAUUGCUUUGGCUCAACAUUUCAGCUUUCUUUUUAAAUCCCUUAUUCUUGAGUGCUGUGGUUAUUUUCAUUCUAACUUCACCUGUGUGGCAAAGCAGUUAGUUGUAAUAGACAGUUCACUUGAAGGCUUUGAAGACUUUUUCUUUUUCCAGCUGUUUGACUGCAGGAAGUGGCAUUUAUGAAGAAUUGUGUUGCUAAUCAGGGAGAAGUUUUCCUGUGAUUUCCUGUUAGCAAGCACAUGCACAGAUCCAAACUGAUGGUGGGGAUAAAGUGGGUGGUUUAAAAACCCAGCUGUUUUCCGAUCAGGCAGUCUGCACUAUGCAAGUAUGGGCGAUACAUUUACACAGAUCAACUGUACUUUAGCUGUUUAUACUAUGAUAGUAGCAACCGUGUGAGAAGUAUACUCUGGUUUUUGUAUCGUAGAUCUUCCAGAACACCAUCUACUGUAUGUUUGCGAUUCAAGUUUCGGUACUGACGAGCAGCCCGCUUCUCCAGCUCCAGAGGGAAGUAAACUCCAGAUCAGUGUUUUGUCUGAGCAGUUUCACCAGAAAUCUGACAGAUGAAGCUUUAGAGAAAAACGGAGAGAGACCAGUCAACAGGAAGGGGGACCUGAAUGGCCCAGGUGCACUUUGAACUCCCCCCUCCCUCCUUCCUUUCUGCUGUAGUUUUAUUUGUUAGGUCCCUCCAUGACCUUUGCUUUCUUUUAUGCAUGUUGUUCUCAUCUUUCACAUGUAUUUAAAAAGAUGCUUUAAGGAGGAAAAAAAAAAUAAUGAACCACUAGUUUCAUUUCCUCAGUUCAGCCUGGAAACUUUAAGGUUUUGUGCCAGUACUCUGUCCUGUUUAGUUAGAAUCUCAUUUAAGUGUUCGUCCCUGGAGCUUUCUGUGUGUUGGUGAAGAACCGAACUGCUGACAAAGCCUUACUCCCCUCAGCUGGCCUUCAGGUUUCCAUGGUGGCUGACUGGACUGUCUCCCUUGUUGUAUCAAGGCUCACCUUCUUUAUUUCUGCUGUUUAG